GUUGGUAAGUAGUACUAUCUACCAUUUUUAAAAUGAUUUUGCAAAAAUUGUAAAAUAAUAAAUAUAAACAAAGCACAAACGUUGAUACAAGAAGAUAGUUUUAACAGACAAUUGCUUUUUAUUGAGAUUAUUCAAUUUCAAUAUUAUUCUCAUUGUUGUUCAAAGUCAAACUUAUAUUCUUUAAAAACAAACGCACCAACUUUCAAGCAUCUCUAUCGAGUAUAUUGUAUAAGAUGUCUUUGAACAUGUCUGUCGGCGAUAACGGUAUGUAUUAUACUUACUCCUAAGUUUUAAAUUUGUUAAAAUAAAUCGUCUACAAGUUAAGUAGAUUAUUUAUUUCGUUGCAUAUUAUUAUUGGGUACAAGUCGAGUUUACCAGAUACCCUUUGUUUUCCAUUUUUUAAAAUACGUGUGUUUAUUGACGCUGAUUUCGGACCUAUUUGAAAUUUUUUCUAGAAAUCCUUAUGAAAGAAGUUAUGGAAGUAACGCGUAUUAGCAUUAAUGGCGCACUUAGAGACAAUCGGGGUCGCUCGAUCGUUGCGCUCGCUGGGACCGUUUUAAACGAAAAUAACCCUCAAUUUGUUGUGCAAUACCACGUCGUAUAAGUAAUGGCGGAAAAAAAAUCGAUUGUGGUGAGCAUCGGGGUAAAAUCCAAAUGUUUAAAUCACAUACGGAGAUUAGACGCGUGUUUUUCUACAAAAACCUACCGCACCGGUCAAAUGUAAUUAAAUUCAUAGAAAAUGACUAGGUAUUUAAACAAAAACCUUAGUAACAAUAAACUUAAAACUUUAGUUACUUAUUUAAUAAUGAUUUCCGCAAAAAAAUUCUAACAGUUCUGAAAUCAGCACCGAAAAACACAUAAUAUAUAUAUAUAUAUAUUAUGUAUAAAAAACAAACUGAAAAACAAAGGGUUUACAUUAAACUAGACUUUUACCUAUUCAAUAAUACACAGAGGUGACAAAUAUGGUUGUGUCAGUUGUAAGUCAGUGUGAAAUUAUGUCAAACAGUAUGAAGAGUUCCAAACAUUAAUCUGGUGAAUUGUUCUAUCUCGGAAGUGCACAGGGACGGUAACAGGUGAGAGGAGGUACCAUGGUGGUGCAUGAUGUUUGCUUAUGAAUUAACUUGAUAGGAGAAAAUCUGGAAUAAGUUUACAAUAGGCUUGAGGAAUGGAAAGUAGGUAGUACUUAAAAGAAAGUGUUUAAUAUUUUUAAUUAUUCCUUACUGAUUUAUAAAGAAUUUGAUAUUUCAUUGUAAAUAUAUCUUCAUAUACAUAAGUUGGGUUCUUAGACGUUCUUUAUUUUAACUUAGUGUCUUAUGCCUCGGACAGUUAUAGAAAAACAACUCAAAUGACUUGUAUUUUAUAAAAAUGGCCUUUAUAAUUUUGAAAUUUCCUAUAUAUUUUUUUUUGUUGUCUUGAAAAGUUAAAAAUUAUAGAUUAUAAAUUAUAAAUUUUAUUUAACUUUAUUUGGAUGGGGUUUUUCAUGUGAUAAAAACAAAAUCAAAAUAUUCAUGAUCUGCUCUUCAAAAAUAAAACAUUACAAAAACAUAUCCCUAUUCAGUCAAUAAUUUAUAUGGAUAUUUUCAAAAUCAAAAAUCUUUAUAUGUAACUAUGUUAAAAUUUGUUAAAUAUUCAUGUACACUAGUUUUGAGUUUUGGCGUCAGCUAAUAUUGUGUAUUAGCUGAUAUUGCACAUAUGAGGUUUUUUCAAAUACCAACGUAAUAUUUUCAAAGAAUUGAUUCUUAAUUUUUAAGCUUUAACUCAGGAAAAUCUAAAAAAAUAAUAUGUGAAUACAUUUUCAUCUUUAAUUAAUACAUUAUUAUAAUUCCUAAAUUUUAAGACUACAAUUUAUUAAUCUAUGUUUUUUUACCUAUCAAUUUAUAUUAUUAUUAUUACAAUGGAAAUCUUAUUAACAAAUUAUUGUUAUAUUAUAAUUAUUAUUUGUUUUUCAGUUGAUGCAGAUUUGAUUGCAUUAGCAAUGCAUAAGCUAACAAUUGGUAACAGCGAUAUAGUAGACGUAUUGUCGAGUUGUAACAUUUAUCUGAACCAAUUGAAUCGCUCUGAUUUGCAUCAAUCAGCCAACCUCAUAAAUUUAAAUCUGAUAUUUGAUUGCUUAAAUACUACAAACAAGUGAGUAUACAAAGAAGCCGUGUAAUACCUAUAUAUAUAGGUACAAUUAAAUGUACUUGGUUUAAUUUUAGAGAACAAAUAGAAAACUGUUGUUUAAUGUUUAAAAAACUUUUUUCGGUUUUAUCGUCAAAUCAAGUUUUUAAUAAGUACUCACUCAGUAUUGAACGUUCAUUACAUCAUCCAGAUAACAUUGUAAAAUCUACAGUUUUAGCAGAGGUAAAUAUUUUUUUUUUAUAUAUUAAAUGAUAUUUAUUAUUCUUGGCAAUUUUAUAUAACUGUGGUAAUUAAUUUGGAAAUGUUUACUUUUAUUUAGCUGGAAAAACUGUUAAUGAAUGAUAAUAAUAUUGAUUUACCACUGAUCUUGAUUUGUACUCUAGUUGAUUGUUUAUCAAACAGUGAUGUAUCAGUAUCGUUUAGGGCAGUCAAGUGUCUCAAGCAGUUAAAAUGUGAUGAAAUUCUUUCAUCUCCUCAAAUAUUAUCUAAAAUACGGACUUUGAUGCAGACAAAUUCAGAAAUACGUGCACGUAUCUAUGAUGUGAGUUAUUUAUUUAUAUUGUUGUUUACAAAAUGUUAAUUAUUAUGGAUAUUAGUUAAAGUAAGUUGAAAUUAAUUGUUAAUAAAAAAUAUUAUUGUAAUUUCCUAAAAUAUAUUUAUAUUUUUUCAGAUAUUAGUUGAUUGGUCCAUGUCAGUAGAUGCUUUAGCAUUGAUUAGUUCCAAAGGUCUAUUUUCUUCCUUAAUCCCUGAUAUUACAAAUCCAGAUAUUAUGAUGCAGAUGGUAACAAUACAACUGUUAGUUUCUUUGGGCAUCACAGAUCAUGGUUUUGAUUAUUUGAAUUCUGUCGGCAUUAUACGGGGAUUGUAUCGUUUAUUGAGCUCAUCACCAGAAGAAUUGAAUAAUCUUUCAACUGCUAUACUCAAUCCCAGUAUGUACCACUAAAAUCAUUUUGCGUUUAUUUUAAAUGUUAAUAAGUAUAUAAUUAUAAUUACAUAAUUACUAUGUCAUUUGUUUAGUAAUUUUGGAAUUCUUCAUACAAAUUGCUCUGAUUAAACCGCAACUAAUUUAUAUAUCAUAUCCUAAAGUUUUUACUGUAAUUUACGAAAUCAUGAAUGAAAAUGAUGGUUUACUUGUAAAUGUUGCCACAAAUUCAAUUAAGGUAUUGGCAUCUUCAUGGGAAUGCAAACUGUCUUUGGAUAUUCCUGCACCAAAACUUAUGAUUGAUCAAUAUCAAGGUAAAUUGUGCUUAUGUAAAUAAAACUAGAUAUUAUUGUGUUUAAUAUAAUAAGAAUUAAUAUUCAAACAUAAUUGUUAAUUUAACUAUAUAUCAAUUUUUCCUAAUAAUAAAACAAAUGAAAAGUUAUUGUUUCUUAAUCUGUAAUACACAGGUAAAGGCGAACUAGACAUUUGGAGUUUAUUUAUAGAGAAAUUAAAUAAUAUUGUUUCUGGUACCAAAACCGAAUGCAAAGCAAGUGCUAUUAAAGCAAUCGUUAAAAUUAUUCAAAUAGAAGUAAUAUAAAUUUAAUUAAUAUUUUUUUAAUAUUCUUAUGUAUACUCUACAUUUUUAUUUAUAUCAUACUUAUUGUUUAGAAUGAAGAAAUUUGUUCAAGAAAUGAUAUGAUUGCACGUACCAAGAAGUGGUACAAACAGUUAACUAAUGACCCAUUCAAAAAUAUUAUCUAUAAAUCAUGCAGUUUACCAUUUUUAGACAUACAAGAAGCUGGAUAUGAAAUGUUACUAAAACUAUCUGAACAACCUUGGGGCCAAGAAGAAAUUAACAAUUUUCCAUGUAAUUUUAUUUUUGAUAAUUCUUAAUAGUUAGUAUAUUUUUAAAUUGUUAUCAAUAUGUUUUGAUUUCAGUAAUAAUGGAUCUUGUGUUAAAACCACAUCACAGUGACGACUAUAUUAAUGUAAAAACUUUAAAACAACAAAUUGUGAAAACGCUCUUGGAGUCUGAAACUUCUAGAGAUAUUUUGAGUGAAGAUCUUAUAUUACGCAUUCAUAAUUUCAGUUACACACAAAUGAAAACAAAUGUAAAUACUACAUCUUCUGAACCUGGCAUGUUAGUUGAAGAUAUGCCGCAGUAAGAAGUUUAUCAUUAUAGUUACACUAUAUAACAUGGUGUAUGUGGUUAUUGUACUAUAUAUUUAUAAUUUUUAACUCCUUUAAGUCCUUUAAUACGUUUGUUGAUUUUAUUGUGUAUGACAUAAAUUACCUCGGCGUCUUUAGUCAUUAAAAAUUGCAUUUUCUUUUUAAUCAAUUUGUCACAUAUAUUUUAAUAUCUGUAUGGUUUGUGUAAUGACAUUAUGAUUAUUAAUUUAUAAGAAAAUCAACUAGUAUUACAACUUGUAUUUGAGUAUAGAAUCAAGACUUAUUAUAUGAAUCAUAAUAGUUCCCUGUAAAACAAAAAAAAAAAAUAUAUAGUAACCAAUAAUUUUUAUUGUAUUAUAAAUAAGAUUUAUUUUUAAAUAUUUAAUUUCAUUAUUAUAACCUUGAAGUUACAAAUGGCUAUACAAUUUUUCAAUUUAUCAAUUGCACUAGCACUUUAAAUUAUUUAUAUUUCGUAUUUAAUUUAAAAAAAAAAGACUGACUAUACAUUUGUUCAAACACAUGAAGGGUCAAACAUUUAUGUAAAUGUGUUUUAUUUUUCAUAUAAUAUUUUGAACUUUUUUGAAGGAAAUAAUUUCCUAGUUUGUAUUAAUAACCUAAAUCUAUAACUUAUAUUUACAGUAAAAUAUUUAAGCCCAACAUUUGUUUGUUAAUUAUAUUUACUUUUAUUUAUUUCCAGAGUUUGUUUUGCCUUAAUUUGUUAAUAAUUUUAUCAGGUGAAAAAAAAUAUAGAUAAAAACUUAAAAUUUCAAUUGGUUCUUAAAUUAGAUACAUUAAAACAUAAAAAAGU